CUUAAUCAGUGUUUCUCCAUAGCAGGUACUUGUUCUGCGGAACGGUUACCAAACAUCGGUUUAGACGGCGUAACACAAGUCCGUCUGCCUUUGAAGUCGUGUCAAGGCUGUAUAGGUGUUCGUCAUGCGUCUCAACGAUACCCGUUCCGAGUAGUUGCUUAUUAUAUGUCUUACCCUUAACCCCAUGUCUCGUUCUAGGGUGUGUAAGGCACACUUACACUAGGGAUACAUAUAUACUAAAUACGUCCGAAUGGUGGUAUUGGCUACGCUUCACAUACGCCCUGGGUAUAAAGACUGAGAAGUCUACCAAUUUUAUAUGAGAUUAUCCUAACAAGAAAUCACAUUUACCAUGGCUAUUUAUCACAUACGAGUCCGGAACUAUCGUUGGGCCCAUCAAAAUAUCGUCGUCCAGUCUCCUAUUCCUAACCUCGACACUUACGCACCAGCAUUAAUCGUCCGUCCCCUAGAAGGCGUCAAUAUAAAUGAACCUAGAAUAAUCAGUAACGUCUCUGAACUGAAUGACGAUAUCUUGGAAGACGAGUAUCAGGUAGAGGCACACGGCGUGUUCAUCUCAACGGAUCAGCAGAGAACCGGUUACUUCCCCCUCUGGGUAACAGUACAUGGCCACGAAUGCGGAAAGAAUAAGAUCCAUGUUGCCAACUUGACAGCAUUUGAAGCUUCUAGCGUUUCCAUUACAGAUGUUUGCUGGAUUCCCUGCCUGGAGGCUCCUGAUGGCAGCUUAUAUACGGCCAUCGGAGCCCCACGGAAAAUAUUCAAAACGACACAGGUGCUGGCUAUCAUGCAGCAAUUAGGGAAACCUAGAGAGGCUAGAUUAGUUCUCGUCGAUCCGGAUAAACUCGAUAGUUACAAGGAGAUUGGCGACGAUCAAAAAAGGAAUAUAUUCGAUAUUCAACACACAGCUAUCCGAACAAACUCUAGGCCUUCAGAACCCCUUCUAAAUGCGUACCGCGUAUUUGCUUCCCCAUAUAGACAUGACUAUGGCCGACUUACACUGGGAGAAAUUAUAGAAGAGGAUCUUGAGAUUCCUCGAUCCUCUAAUUCCGACUGCAGCUCUCAAGGUUUCUCGGAUAGCUCAGACGACGACGAUUCUCUUUAUACCAAACCUAGAUAUUUUUCAAUAGUAGACGCUAAGACCCGCCCCUAUGCUUGCGAUUGCAAAUACGCUGAUCUUCUCCCUACGUGUUUCAACCCGCGCCCAAGCCACCGACAUUGUACAGAUGACGAGUGCUUUCUCGGAUCAAGCCACAUAAAACACUGUAUAUUCGCGGACCACGCACCAAAAGAUUGCGUCAUACCUAGUUCAAAAGAAGUGCACGAACAUUGUAUCCCUGCUCCCCCGUGGGAGGUAAAUCAACCAGACUCGGAGGGAUCUUUCGAGGAAUCUUAUAGCGCUGGCGCCGACAUCCUGUUCGAAGAAGGGGAAGUGGGCAUAAACGACACUCUUAGCCCUACGGAUUCCGAAUCGGCUACCACCGAAUUACUAUUUAUGGAUUCCUAGGUUUAUAUUGCAUUCACCUGCUGCAAAUGGCAUACGGGUGGAUGAAUAAGCAAAGGUGUUGCUGUAGCAUAGCAUUCAUUCUUGAGGAGGUUAGCACUGCUCUGUUCUGGUUA